AUAUUAUAAUAAUAAUAUUUUUAUUAUAAAAGAGAUUAAUUUUUUGAAAAGCGCUUGCGCACUUAUCAUGUAUAUUGGCAGCCAGGGAUGAUUUUACCCCUAUUUCACCAUCGCUUACCGCGACGCGGUGGAAACACGGGUUGGUUUAUCAUCGUCCAACCAUGAGGAGAUUGAACGUGUGUUGAACAAAAAAAAAAUCUCAAAAAAUUUGUGACAAAAAAUUGAAAAAUGUAGACCGCGAACAUUUCCCAACUCAAGACAAAUGUGAACAAUGAUUUUAAUUUUUAAACUAUUUGCGUUAUCUAUAUAAAAAAAAAAAUAAUCAUCAACAAGUUUCAAAAAAAUAUUUUUCUAUUUGAGCUCCUCCCAGUUAAUAGAGGUUUUUUUUUUCUUUCUUUUUUUUUUUUUUUGAAGAUGAUCUUUAUUAGAGAUUUUGUGUUUCUGUUUCUGUUACACAUCGUCAUUAACAAAUGUUAUGGAAAACAAGUUAUAGGUAAAGAAAGUGUGAAACCAGGACAAGGAUGUAAAUUAGAGGGUCUACAUCCACUUCUCAUUGUAACGUACAAAAAUAUUACAAUAUCGGUUGACAAAAUCACAGUUCCUCAUAAUGAAAAAUUACAAAUUCGUUGUCGUGAACUUGGUAGAUAUAAAUUAAUUGGAGAUCAUCUUCUUCAUUGUCGUAAUGGAAUUUUUAAUGGUAUUAUACCAACAUGCAUUCCAACUACUGCUAUCUCUAAUUACACAGGUAAUUAUACCCAAGGGAAAUUUAUAUUUAUUAUUAUUGAAAUAAUUAUUUCAUUUAAUAACAAUAUUUUUAUUUAUAUUUUUGAAUUUGUUAUAGACGAUGUUCCACCGACAAUUAUCUUUGGACUUCCAGCGGGUUCAGCGGCAAUAGAACCAUCAGGUGCAUUGGCUGUUUUUCCCGAAAGUAUUUUACAUUUAGAAUGUCUUUUUUCACGAAAACUUGGUAAUCCAGAAUGGACUUGGACAUCUGCAUUUCGACAACAUUUAACUGGUUGGGCAAUUGCCACUACCGAAAGAGAUAUAAAAUAUCGUCUUUCGAUAUAUUAUGCAAAAACACAGGACAGUGGUCUUUAUAUUUGUACAACGCCAAAGGGUCUUACAAAUUCAAUUCAAGUUCGCGUUAUAAAUGUUCAUUGUCCAUCAAUAGCGACUUUAAAAGCACCUUUAAUUGGCAAAAUUGAAGGCGCCAAAAUGGGGCAAACGGUAAAAUAUGAAUGUCCCCUUGGAUAUAGAUUGGAAGGAAUGCCCAGUAUGACUUGUCAAUAUAAUGGUAAAUGGUCAGCUGAAGUUCCACAUUGUGAAGCUAUUGUUUGUCCACCAAUUGUAACAUCAAAUCCAAAAUUACAACUUUUGGAACAUAAUAAUAGUUUUGGUGGAAAAGUUGUAUUUUCCUGUAUGUGGGGAAGUGAAAUUUCAGGUUCACAAAGUAUAAAAUGUGAGGGUGAUGGUGUUUGGAGUGAUUCGAUACCAACGUGUAUAGAAAUAACAUGCCCAGCGCCAAUAAUUCCAAGAAGUGGUCGAAUAAUUGAACAUGCAAGCAUUUUAGACAAGGAAAAAGUGCAUAAAGUUGGUGCAUUAGUGAGAUUUGCCUGUUUGCCUGGUCAUCAAUUAUUAGGAGAGGCAUCAAUAAUUUGUCUUGAGAAUGGCAAAUGGUCUCAUCAAUCACCAGUCUGUGAUACCAGAUGCCCAUAUCCAGGUGAUCCACUUUAUGGUCAAAUAGCACCACUUAAAUUUUGGUACAAACCAGGUGACAAUAUUCAAGUGACAUGUUCUCCUGGUUAUGUUACACCACUUGAACCGGUAAAAAAACCCACUUGUCGGGAAAAUGGAAUGUGGAGUAGUCCACCACCUCCUUGUAGAUCAUAUAAGGAUGUUUAAUUUUCUCUCUUACUCCUCUCUCUCUCUAUAUAUAAAUAUAUAUAUAAAUAUUUUCAACUCUCAA